AUGACCUACAGUGUGAGAAAACUUGUGGACACGUCACCUAGCUUGUUCAAGAACCCACAGCUGCACCCUGAGUCAUACCAAAUCGCUUUUCACGCUGUUCUCUAUAACACAAGUAAUGAAAUGAACAAGAUUGAAAUACUGGAAAACUUACCCAAAGGAAACACAGUACACCAGAUGAGUGUGUGCUGUUGUGAAGAUGUGAUGGGCAUUCAUGAAGUCACAGAGCGUUGGAGAGUAAAUGAAGCAAUCAUGAGCUCGGCUGCUUCCUCUCCUCCCGAUGCCUGCCCGCUUCCUGGACCCCGGGCCCGCCAGGACAGACACUUCCCCAAACACUUGUUGGGCCUGGGCAUGAACUACUGCGUGAGGUACAUGGGCUGCAUUGAAGUACUUCAAUCAAUGAGGUCACUGGAUUUUGGAAUGAGAACCCAAGUUACAAGGGAAGCAAUAAGUCGUCUGUGUGAAGCUGUCCCUGGAGCAAAUGGAGCCAUUAAAAAGCGAAAGGCCCCCGUUAAGUUGCUAUCAACAGUUCUUGGCAAAAGUCAUCUUCAGUUUUCGGGAAUGAACAUACAAUUGACUAUCUCCACGUGUAGCCUCACGCUGGUGAAUCUAGACAGUCAACAGAUUAUUGCCAAUCAUCAUAUGCAGUCUAUUUCAUUCGCCUCAGGAGGGGAUCUUGAUACUACAGACUAUGUUGCCUACGUAGCUAAAGAUCCAGUUAAUCAAAGAGCAUGUCACAUAUUGAAGUGUCGCAGUGGAAUGGCGCAAGAUGUCAUAAGUACUAUAGGACAGGCCUUUGAGCUCCGGUUUAAACAGUACUUGAAAAAUCCUUCUCUGAAUACUUCUUGUGAAAGUGAAGAGGCGCAUAUCGAAGGCCAGGCCGAGGAGAGAGGCGAUCACGAAUACUACAAUGAAAUCCCAGGAAAGCUGCCACCUGCUGGUGGCCUCUCAGAUGUGAGGAUUAAAGUUCAACCUGCGGAACAAAUGGCUUACUGCCCCAUCCCGUGUGAGAAGUUGUGCUAUUUACCUGGCAAGUCCAAGUGCCGCAGUGUAUAUGAGAACUGUCUGGAGCAAGGCAGGGUGACAGGUAAUGCCCACGAGCAAGGGCCGCAGCCCCAGCCAGAUGCCUCCUCCAUGAAGCAUGCGUGUCGAGUGGAUCUCUUUGAUGACCCCUGCUACAUUAAUACACGGACUCUUCCCAGUGCCCUUGGCUCUACUCGAAGCCAAAGCUCAUCGCAGCCACUGGGCAGCCCCUGGCACAGGGGACAGGCGCCAGAAACCGUGCAGCCCGGGGCCUCAGCCCAGCCUUGCAGCUCGCGGCCUCUGCCACACAUCGGCCAGCAGCUGUGGAAUGAAGAAUGCUACCACGGCAAGCUGAGCCGGAAGGCCGCAGAGGGCCUUUUGGUAAAGGAUGGGGACUUUUUGGUUCGAGAGAGUGCCACGUCCCCCGGCCAGUAUGUACUGAGUGGACUGCAGGGAGGCCAGGCCAAACAUCUUCUCCUGGUGGAUCCUGAAGGCAAGGUGAGGACCAAGGAUCAUGUCUUCGAUAAUGUGGGCCACCUCAUCAGAUACCACAUGGAUAACAGUUUGCCAAUCAUCUCUUCUGGAAGUGAAGUAAGCCUUAAGCAACCUGUGAGAAAAGACAAUAACCCAGGACUUCUGCCUCCCAAGAAAUGACAACACUGAGGUGCCAUUGGAGUGAUUUUUCCCCCCAAGAAAAUUCCAUUUCUGAAAGAUGACUCUGACUUUGUCUGUAGAUAAAACAGAGCACAAACUGUGAAGUUCAUCUUCCAGAGACCAUCUCGGGCUAGGUCUUUUAUAAAAACAAAGAACUAACAAAAUACCUUCAGGAAGUGCAAGUCAGAAAGGAGGAAGAAGAUAGGUUUAUUUGAAAAGAAAUUAUACCUAGAUGCACGGACGUCACUUUUUAAGGUCAUACUGCAUUGAUAGCAAGCUAAAAGCACAAAAGAGACAACUCGAACUGCUCAGGCAGUGGUAUGUGCCUUUCAACUUGA